UUUAACGCCCCCCUCUCUUUUGCUCACUCCCCUAUGUUCAGCCCUCCCACUACCGUUCACUCUCCAACAUCAUCUUGCCCACUACGAAUCGUGUCCUGCAAAAAUCGGCAACGAGCAGACGCAAUCAAAUGGAGCGCUUCUUCCUUUCGCGAUAUCUAUGUUUCGCAUUAUCGGGAUUUGAAAUUAUAUAGAACAAAACAGCUUUAAUGAAAAGCGAAAACAUUAACAGCCGCGUGUGAACACUGUCAAAACACCUCUUCCGUGUCUAAACUUUCCCCAUCUCGCUCUCUCUCGUCCACCCCCGAUCCCAAGAAUCUCUUUUUUUGCACUAUCCGCGCAGUUCGUUGGGUACUCGCUGUCGAGGUUUCGAAAUGGAUGGGGUUAUCGUUGGCUGGAUGCCUAAGUCUGCCGGGGUCCAGAGUUGCCCGCUGCAAGUGAUGCUCAGCCAGAGGAAGAUCAAAGCGAGGAGGAAGGGGCGAAAGGAGUUGUUCCUUGGACAGAUGUGCUUCAUGGGGCUUUUGCUUAUGGUGGUGUCCGGUUUAUCGCGUGUUGCUGAAAGCACAGGUUAUCGCACACCCAGCAAUGGACCAAAGGCUAUUGCAGGGUGGGAUAGCCGUCGGCUACUGCAGUACUAUGAAGACACCUACACGUACAUACCAGAAACGACAGAGGCGACGGAGCGACCGCCCAAAAACUGUACCGAACCAGCUCUUCAUGAAUUUCCCAGCGACCUUUUCACCCACAAGGAGAGGGUUGAGGGAGCUGUUGCACUACAUGUUCUAUGUGCCAUGUACAUGUUCUACGCCCUGGCCAUUGUAUGCGAUGACUACUUUGUUCCAUCGCUGGAGAAAAUCUGUGAGCGAUUGCAUCUGAGUGAGGAUGUUGCUGGAGCAACCUUCAUGGCAGCAGGAAGUUCAGCCCCAGAGCUCUUCACCUCUGUCAUUGGGGUGUUUAUUACUAAGGGUGACGUCGGGGUGGGAACCAUCGUGGGCUCUGCUGUCUUCAACGUUCUCUGCAUCAUCGGCGUCUGUGGGAUAUUUGCUGGACAGGCUGUACGACUCUCCUGUUGGACUCUAAUGAGGGAUUCAGUGUUCUACACCAUAUCAGUGACCACUCUAAUUGUGUUUAUAUAUGACGAGAAGGUAACAUGGUGGGAAUCUCUCACACUCGUGCUGAUGUACCUUGUUUACAUUACGAUAAUGAAGCUGAACUCAACUGUGGUGCGUUUCAUUGAGAGGCGUAAGAAGAACUCGGGCAACCUGGGCAACGGCACAGCCAGCAACGCCGACCUGGACGAUGGUUGCGAUGCCACGGUGGUGCUGCUGAAAAAAGCUAACUUCCACCGGAAGCCGUCAGUGCUGAUGGUGGACGAGCUGCUGUCGGCCUACCCCCACCAGCUGUCCUUCUCCGAGGCCGGCAUGCGCAUCAUGAUCACCAGCCACUUCUCCCCGCGCACCCGACUCACCAUGGCCUCCCGCAUGCUCAUCACCGAGAGGCAGCGUCUGAUAAACGGACACCUCAUUAACGGCGAUUCUGACAUUUCGGCCAAACUACCGGGUCGGCGUGCAGUGGAGAACGGGCUGGGGGGCGUGGAGCGUGGGCUCAACGGUCGCCGCGGGGGUCACCGUGACGACGACCGAGGAGGAGCGGAGACGGGCACGGACACGGAGAACGAGAACGAAGACAACGAGAACAACGAAAAUGACGAAGAAGAGGAGGAGGAGGAGGAGGAGAAUGAGGGGCCCUUCGUCCCAUUUGAAGUACCAGGUGGUUGCUGUAAUAAGCUGAAGUGGUUGCUUGCCUGGCCGUUGUGCCUGGUGUUGUACUUCACCGUGCCCAACUGUGCCAAUCCUCGUUGGGAGCGGUGGUUCAUGGUAACGUUCGGCAUGUCCACGGUCUGGAUCGCUGGCUUGUCCUACAUAAUGGUGUGGAUGGUCACGGUCAUCGGGUUUACCCUGGGCAUCCCUGAUGUCAUCAUGGGCAUCACGUUCCUGGCAGCUGGCACCAGUGUCCCAGACUGCAUGGCCAGCCUCAUCGUGGCACGACAAGGCCUGGGUGACAUGGCCGUGUCCAACUCCAUUGGCAGUAACGUGUUUGAUAUCCUGGUGGGGUUGGGUUUGCCCUGGACUCUGCAGACUCUGGCCAUCAACUAUGGCUCCACUAUUCACCUGAACAGUAAAGGACUCAUCUUCUCAGUAGGCCUCCUUUUGGCCUCUGUGUUUCUAACAAUUGUUGGUGUGCAUCUGAAUAAGUGGGUCCUAGACCGCCGCUUGGGCCUAGCCUGUCUGAUGAUGUACGCAGUCUUCCUCUGUUUCUCCAUCCUCAUCGAGUUCAACAUCUUCACCUUCGUCAACCUGCCCACCUGCCGAGAUGCCGCCAUCUGAAGACACUUCUUCUUUGUCCUCCCUCUCUGCCACUCUCUUCCUCACCUGUGUCUCUGUGAGGUGGAGCGCCCCAGAGCCUGCUGGGAGAGAUCUCUUUUCUCUUUUUUUUUCUCAAUCUUUCACUGAUCUUGUAAUUUAUUGAUCUUUGGAUUAUUGUCUUUGUCUUUGACAACGGUGCAAUACAGACAAAUGCCCUGUGCCUAGUUGUUUUGUUUUUUGAGAGGGGCAUUUGUUUGAAAACAAGAGGAUCUCUGGUACUAAAGAGGAUGAUGGAAUGCACCUCGGACAGGAAAGAGACACAAAAGAGAGAUAUUUUUGAUGACUACUGCCUGAUUUGAUGUGAAUAUGGGGAGAAAAAAAGUUUUUAUCCAUUUGAAACAGACUGCAUUAGGAAAUUGAUGCUAACUCAAUUCUAUUUUACAAUGAGAUCUUUGUUUGUUUGUUUGUUGUGAGCUGCUAACUAGAUGGACAAUGAAGAGUUUUUGUUGUUCUGCCGAUAAUUAUUGGAAUCAUGGUUAAUAGUAUCAGUUAAAAUAUAAAUAUAUAAAUAUGCAUUAGUUUAUUAAGAGGUGUCUAUUGAGAGAUGACUAUUACAAAUACUGAAGGGUACUGGUGACCUGCUGCGUAUGUGUGUAUAUACAGAUCUGUACAGAUUUGAUCAGAUGUUGAUUACAGACAUGGUUGACCAUGUUCAGAUUCCUCAGACCCCUUCUCUUAACCUGGGCAUUACUGGCCUUCUCCUGGCUUUUAUACCCACCAGAGCCCCAACAACAACAUGGAAGGUGUGACACAACAUGAGUCCCCAUUGGACCACUUGGACAAACAAAAUGGAGACCUGACUGAAGCUGUUGUAUAUAGAAUGUAUUCAUGUUUGCUGGAAAUGCAAUGUGUACAUUUCUUGAUUUCAGUGGGUGGUGGAGUAGAUCUUGUCUCCAUGUGGGGUGUAUGAUUCAUUAUGUGCGGUCAUAGAAUCUUCUCUGGGGGACUUUUAAAGAGACAUUGUGGUGGGGUCAUGCAUUGGGGGAAAGGUACACCAGCAGAAAUUUAUACCUAUACAUAGAGUCUGGUGGAGGAAUACAUUUGUGUACAAAAUACUUUUUGAUGUUUGGUUUUGUCUCUUGCUUUCACUGAAACAUGUAUGUGUAUUUAAUAAUUUAUUGAGAUCUAUUUAUGCACUUUUUAGAGAUUGCAAAACAAACAAAAAAUACACCCACAGCUGUCCCAAAGAACAGGUUAUUCUGGAAAUUCAGUCAAACUUAAUUUUAUGCCCAUAUUUUUUGUCCAAUCCUUUUCUACUGUAUUUUCUUCUGGUUCUUGACUUGGAGAUAUGCAUACUUUAGAUACCCCUUUGACUAUAAAUGAUAUUGUUUCUACUA